CAGAAGAAAGUCAGACGCAAACACUCUCACAUCCACACAGGCAGAGCAGAGGCAGCAGGCCCCUACAAGGAGGAGACACAGCGGGGGCAAGCAGCGGAUCUAACCGUGCUUCUCUCCCUAGACUGCCAAGGAACAGAAAGACAGAGCGAUCGUACCUAAGUGUGUCUUUGAAAGCGGAGAAAAAGACAAGGCAGAGAGAACCCACCACUGAAGCACGGUCCAUAAGGACACAUUCUCUCCUCUCUCUCAAUUGUCUUGACUCUAAGAAUCCCUCUCCCGUUUCUCGCCGCGUUUUCCAAUCCCUUAAAAGACUUUGACUGUAUUGCCUUGCCUAGGCAGCACGACGGUGUUGCGCGGUCCUAAGGAAUGGACGCGGUCCACUACAUAAACUGGGCGCCCGGUGACGGAGGUCAUACGGCGGUUGCUGGUCAUGAUCAUGAUGGACAAGGUCAAGCGAUAGCAGCGCAGCAUCACCCGCAACAGCAGCAGCAACAGCAAGAUGUCUUUGAUACACACAACUGGCAGCCAUACAACAACGCCGGAUCGCAACACUUCUACGAUAAUCCCCAGGAACAAGCUGAGAGCACCUUCUAUGGCGGUGAUGGACAGUUAGAAGGCGUGUACCCGCAACAGCAUACAUCCUACCACCCGCAAUUCGCCGUAGAACCGACAUUGCAGCAACAUCAUGACGGUACCGGGCAAACAGAGUACGCCUCCUACGAUCCACGACAUCAGCAGCAGCAGCAACAGUCGUAUCAGGUGCAGCAUGAUGGGUAUGGUGUAGAGUAUGGUCAACAACCAGUCUUGCCAAUGCAGUAUUCACAUCCAUACGGACAAACACCACCCAUGCCCAUGCAGCAGCAGCAGCUCGAUCCAUCCUUGCACGCCUCACAGGACUACGCACACUACGAGUCACAUCCACGACUACAAAGCACUGGCGGUGCACAGUAUGAAGUCCACUAUGAGCCGCCAGGUGGUGGGUACAGACCACAAGCACAACAAUGGCAACCCACCCUCGAGCAACGACAGCAAGUCCAAAAAGCACAACAAAUGCGUCUGCAGAGUAUCGAUCCAGGUGCCAUUCAAGCGCAAGGAACCACAGCCGUGGUUGGGCAAAACAAGCCAUACGUCUUGAUCAAGUCGAAAGGUGCGAAAACACAAGUGAAACCCACGUCGCCGCCACGUCCAACCGAUCCAUUGGGUGCGCUUCGUCAUGAUGUAUCGCAAUGCCUAAGUGAAUACAAUACCUCGCGUGAUCCAAAAGCAUGUGCAGCAACACUUUUAAGCCUCAUGACGACCUGUGAUCAACCUGCCGACCCAGCUGCUUCUACGACGGCAGCAACUGCGUCGCCAGACCCUUCUAAACCAGCUGCUAGUACAAGCAUGGAACAUUUCAACAGACAAUUUGUACUACUCAGCACGAUGAUUGUCUCGUUACGCCCAUCCAUGGUACAAGAACUCUCUGAGCAUGUUUCGAUUCGUGCACGAUUACGCGGUUGGCUCGUCAAGGCACAACGAGAGAAUCAUAUCCCCGUGUUACAAGGCAUUGCUCAAGUUCUAGCAAGUCUUGAUUUAGAUGCUGCGAAAUUGGCGCAUGUCAAGCUUGGUAAACCCAUUAUGAUUGUUGCUCGAAAGACAACAGAUCCGCUUGUGAAGCAGGUGUUGGGGAAAAUGGUUGGAUUGGCGGAACAGAGUCUUGUAUUGCAAGCCAAGCUUGAGGCGGAAGGUACGAAAGCGCCGGCAUUGGUUGAUGAUGUAAAGCCAAAGAAGUCUGCGGCUGCUUCAAAGGCACCAAAACUAGAAGUGCCAGGUAAAGUCGGGCCUGUCAAAAAGGUAGCUGCAUCACUACCCAAGAAGGCUGAAGUCAAAAAGGUCGAGUUGAAGAAGCCAGAAGCUAAAAUCAAUACCAGCUUCUUCAAGAAGGAUAAGGAAGCAGCACCUACAAAGGAGGAAAAAGGUACAGAGUUGACCAAAAAUAGCGUCCUCAGUGCACUCGCCGGUAUGAAGGCUCGCAAGAAAUCUGAUGUUGCCCCUGUCGAAGCAGCUCCAGCGAAACCACAAGUCAAAAUCUCAACGCUGGUCGAGGGACUUAAGAGAACUUUGCCAAGCUCAACCACACCACCGCCAGAAUCCACAGAACCCGUACAAAAGCGGCGUAAGUUGAAGCGUGUUCGGUGGCGACCGGAUGAUGAAUUGGAGCAAGUCAAAAUUUUCGAAAAAGAAGAGCCGGAGUACCCUGAAGAACCUGCUGGUGAGCAUGGCAGUGCACGGGAUCUCGACCGUAAGGAAGGUGCCUUUAUGCAUGCAGGUCUUGCCUUUGAUCGUGAUGAAGACUUUUUGGCUUGGGAAGAACCACCUCUGAUUGCCUUUACACAACGCGAACUCGCUGCAGAUCUAGCGAGGCGAGGUCCGAAACGGGCUGGUACGUUGAUUCCUCAUUCAAAGGAAGCACAAAUACAAGAAGAGCGCGAACGUGGUGUCUUCCUCACAAUUUACACAGACAUCAACGAGAUCCCACCGUCUCCCGCUGAGCCCAACGCAGCGACUGAUGAAGGGAAGGAGAAUAAUCCACCAAAAAUGAUUCCCUUGCCCACAGAGUUACGUCAAGAUCCUCGUAAUAGACAGGUCUUGGGUUCACUCGCAUUACCUGGACCCAAUGCAACACCACCUGCUGCGAACACCCCAGCGAUAGCGCCCACAUCCAUUGUCGCAGAACCCUCUGUAGCCACCAAUGCAUUUUCAGCACCGGUCGCUGCAGCCUCGCCAGACAUCACACAGCUGCUUGCGAUGCUUGCCAAUCAGCAAAAAUCAACUGCGUCGCCCGUCCCACAAGCUGCAUCGGUUGCACCAACACCACCGUUACCGCAACCACCUUUGCCUAUGGGUAUGCCUAUGAUGCCUGGAGGCUUUGAUCCGUUUGCUAUGGGAAUGCCUGGGAUGCCUGGAUUUCCUGGGAUGCCUCCAAUGCCUGGAUUGCCACACAUGCCUCAACAACCGCAAACGCCCUUUCAACAACCACCGCAUCGACAAGAGCAACCUCCACAGCAGUAUGGCAAGGAGAAAGCUGCUCGAGGUGCAUCGGGUGAAGGAUUGCAAGAUGUACGGCCGUGGGUCAAGUACAAUACGGGCGGUAAGUAUCGAGAGGUAUGCAAGUUUUGGCCUAUUGGACAGUGCCGCAAGGACGAGCAGUGUGGCUAUUUGCAUGUACGUGAAUAGUAAGCAAUGUAGACAAACAAAGCAUUUUAUCACGAUGCA